AUGUCGGGGCAGGGCCCGGAGCUGCUCCCGGAGCUGGUGCCGGCGGGCCGCGCGGCCGUGCGGGCCGCCGGCUCGCAGUUCCCGCGAGGCUUCUGGGCGGCGGUGGAGCUGUGGCUGGAGCGCCCCCAGCUGGCCAACCGGCGCCUCAGCGGGGCCCAGCUGGAGGCCGGGCCGGACGCGCGCGCGCGCUGGGAUGACGUCAUCGGCGCCGUUGCCGGGGGCGACGCGGGGGCGACGGGCGCAGGCGCAGUGGCGGCGGCGGCGCGUCACGUGAUCCUGCGCACCCUGGUGGCCAAGGCCAAGGCCCCGCCCACCGACGAGCUCGUCGUCAAGGAUUUGUCCCGGGGCACCGUGACCUUUCUACCCUUGGAGGAGGGCGACCGAGGGAAACUUCAGGUGAAGAAAAGCAACGUUUAUCAAAUUCGGCUUCGACACGUCAAAGAUGAGGACUGGUGCAUCUCGGUCCUCACAUCCCCUCCGGAAAGCUGGGAUUCGGAUGGACUGGUGCAGCCGAAGCCGUCGUGGUUGGGGACGGAGCUGCUGAGCAAGCUGACCAAGUGGUCCGGCGAAACCAAGGCCAGCGGAUUCAAGAGCACCCUCUCCCUCAUCUCCGUCCUGAAAUACACUCAACUCUACCAGGAACUCAAAGACAAAUACAAAGGAAUGGCCAAGGUGUGGCCCGAAGUAACCGACCCCGAAAAGUUUGUGUUUGAAGACGUCGCCAUUGCCACCUACCUCCUGGUUCUCUGGGAAGAGGAAAGAUCCAAGAGGAACCUGACGAAGAAACAGUCCUUUGUCGAUUUGGGAUGUGGAAAUGGUCUCCUCGUUCACAUCUUAAACAGCGAAGGGCAUCCAGGAAAAGGAAUUGAUGUCAGAAGAAGAAAAAUCUGGGCUAUGUACGGGCCUCAAACGCAUUUAGAGGAAUGCGCCAUCUGGCCAGACGAUAGUUCCCUGUUUCCGGAUGUCGACUGGCUGAUUGGAAACCAUUCCGACGAACUCACCCCCUGGAUACCCGUGAUUGCUGCCAGGUCGUCCUCUAGCUGCUGCUACUUCGUCCUGCCCUGCUGCUUCUUUGAUUUCGUGGGGAAGUUCAGCCGGCGGCGCAGCGGGAAGAGCCAGUACAGAGACUACCUCGAUUUUGUCACGGAGGUCGGACGCGAGUGCGGAUUCCAGGUGGAGGAAGACUGUCUCCGAAUCCCCUCCACGAAGAGGGUCUGCCUCAUCGGCCGCUCACGUACGUACGCGACCUCGGAGGAAGAGGCGGCGGACGGGGCCCGGGCGCGGGGCUUCUCCCAUCGGGGCCGCGGUCCUCGGCCCCCCUCGACUCCCGCUGCGGCCCGCCCGCCGGCCGAGCCCACCCCCGGGGCCGCGGCCUGGGCCCCCGGCUUCCGGCCCCGGGACAAGGAGCAGCGCGUCCGCAACUGCGCCUCGCUGCCCCGGGAGCUGGCGGCCGCCGUGGUCCUGCGCGUGGCCGGCUUGCUGCUGGCCCGGGAGCCGCCCCCCCCCGCACACCCCUCCGGGACCGGACCUGCCCACACCUGGGAUCCAGGAGAAAGCCUUCCGUUGGCCACCGUUGCCGGGCAGCUGGACAGGGAGACCCUGCGGAGGUUGAAGAGCGAGUGUGGCGGCCUGCAGACGCUCCUCAAGAACAACCAUCAGGUAUUUGAAGUCGUUGCCGGCCAAGUUCGUCUUCGCGACUGGAGGGAAGGGAAGCCGGAGGCCAAGAGACGUCCGGAAGCCAAGCACAGACUCCGCGCCGACGCCUUCAAGACCCGCCUGUGCUGGUUCUUCCUCCAUCACCCGGACGGCUGCCCUCUGCCCGCCCAGUCCUGCCCCUAUGCCCACGGAGCCCGGGACCUCAGCCCCACCGCCGGGGCCCUCAAGAAGAAGAACCAAAAAGGGGACCCGGCUCAGGGCAUUUGGACGGCCGCUUAAUGAGGAGGAGGAGGAGGAGGGAGAAGAGAAGAUGGAGGAGG